CUUUCCCAUAUGCGAGAUAUUAAGGACUUUGAAAUGCAGUUUCUCGUCGCUGCGGGGACAGGAGAUCUGGUGCAAGCACAGACAUUCGCUCAUUGGAAUCACGACGCAGUUACCUGCGGGACUAUAAGUGCCACAUGGCCGGAGAGGGAUUCCAUUCUCACAGCUACUAUGAAUCAACACCUACUCUCUUACAUGCUGCCAAAAGUGGGUGACAAGUUGGCGACAUUGGACUCGGUUAAAGAUUACAACGGGUUUUGGCUGGCGCUCUGGCUGGUGUGCUUCCUGUUCAGCUGCAUCGUCACGGUCGCCCUGAAGCUCUCCAAGUACCUCAUGCGCAUGGACGACUACCUCUACGCAGGCAUAGAGGUCGAGGAGUCCGUGUAA